CCAUUUCGCUCUGAACAGUCAGCUGCUUCCCCGUUCACUUUGACCUUUAGCUUUGUGGAUAUAUGAAAGAAAGGGGAUGAAGAAGCGUUAACUUUUUGGUUUCUCGACUGCUAUAUUUACGGUCUGAUCUAAAAGCAAUUCUGAUUUCUCAGCGUCUACUGAAAAACGGUGAAGAAUUCAUGAACCUGCAAGAGGACCAGUGACUGCUCAUACUCUUUUCUCUCAUCUGACCGGCGGAAGCCGUGACUGGGUAUCAUGGCCGAUGUGGACCCGGACACACUGCUGGAAUGGCUGCAGAUGGGGCAGGGCGACGAGCGCGACAUGCAGCUCAUCGCCCUGGAGCAGCUCUGCAUGCUACUGCUUAUGUCAGAUAACGUGGACCGCUGCUUUGAGACGUGUCCUCCAAGAACAUUUCUUCCAGCCCUUUGUAAGAUCUUUCUGGAUGAAAGCGCCCCUGACAAUGUUCUGGAAGUGACAGCCAGGGCCAUCACCUAUUACCUAGAUGUGUCGGCAGAGUGCACGCGCAGGAUAGUCGGAGUGGACGGAGCCAUCAAGGCCCUCUGUAACCGACUGGUGGUGGUAGAGCUCAACAAUAGGACUAGCAGAGAUCUAGCAGAGCAGUGUGUAAAGGUGCUGGAGCUGAUCUGCACACGAGAAUCUGGUGCUGUGUUUGAGGCUGGAGGGCUGAACUGUGUUCUGAGUUUCAUUAGGGACAGCGGUCACCUAGUGCAUAAGGACACACUGCACUCAGCCAUGGCAGUGGUGUCUCGACUCUGCAGUAAGAUGGAGCCACAAGACUCAUCGCUUGAGACGUGUGUGGAGUCCCUGUCCAGUCUGCUCAAGCAUGAAGACCACCAGGUUUCCGAUGGAGCCCUGCGCUGCUUUGCAUCUCUGGCUGAUCGUUUCACACGCCGUGGGGUUGAUCCAGCUCCGCUGGCGAAGCACGGCCUGAGCGAGGAGCUUCUGUCACGCAUGGCUGCUGCAGGAGGUUCAGCCGCUGGUCCUUCCUCCACAUGCAAACCAGGCAGAACAUCUACAGGAGGUGCCCCCUCUGCCCCUGACUCAAAACUUAGCAACCAGGUGUCCACUAUCGUCAGCCUGCUGUCCACCCUGUGCAGGGGCUCACCACUCGUCACCCACGACCUGCUGCGCUCAGAGCUGCCUGACUCGAUGGAGAGUGCGCUGCAAGGCGACGAACGCUGUGUGCUGGAUACAAUGCGUUUGGUAGACCUGUUGUUAGUACUGCUGUUUGAAGGCCGUAAGGCGCUGCCCAAAUCCACAGCUGGUUCAGGUGGGCGUAUCCCAGGCCUACGGCGCCUUGACAGCUCCGGAGAGCGCUCGCAUCGCCAGCUCAUUGACUGUAUUCGUAGCAAAGACACAGAUGCACUCAUUGAUGCCAUAGACACCGGAGCAUUUGAAGUUAAUUUUAUGGAUGAUGUGGGACAGACACUUUUGAACUGGGCCUCAGCGUUUGGUACACAGGAAAUGGUGGAGUUCUUGUGUGAGAGAGGGGCGGAUGUCAACAGAGGCCAAAGAUCGUCAUCGCUGCAUUAUGCUGCCUGUUUUGGACGACCACAAGUAGCCAAGACUUUACUGCGGCAUGGAGCCAACCCUGAUCUGAGGGAUGAAGAUGGCAAAACUCCUCUGGACAAGGCCAGGGAGAGGGGACAUAGUGAGGUUGUUGCAAUUCUCCAGUCUCCUGGAGACUGGAUGUGUCCUGUGAACAAGGGGGAUGACAAGAAAAAGAAGGAUAUGAACAAGGAGGAGGAGGAGGGCAGUGAGCCAAAAGGAGACCCUGAGAUGGCACCCAUCUAUUUGAAGAGGCUGCUUCCAGUAUUUGCACAAACCUUUCAGCAAACCAUGCUGCCUUCAAUAAGGAAAGCUAGUUUAGCGCUGAUCAGGAAGAUGGUUCAUUACAGUUCUGAAGUGCUGCUUAAGGAAGUGUGUGACUCUGACGCUGGACACAAUCUGCCCACCAUCCUGGUGGAAAUCACUGCUACUGUGCUGGAUCAGGAGGAUGAUGAUGAUGGUCACUUGCUGGCACUGCAGAUCAUAAGGGAUCUGGUUGAUAAGGGAGGAGAUGUGUUCUUGGACCAGCUGGCCAGACUAGGUGUCAUCAAUAAGGUAUCCACUCUGGCAGGACCUACUUCAGAUGACGAGAAUGAGGAAGAAGCCAAACCAGAGAAGGAGGAUGAACCCCAGGAAGAUGCUAAAGAGAUUCAGCAGGGCAAGCCCUACCAUUGGCGGGACUGGUCCAUUAUCAGAGGCAGGGACUGUUUAUACAUAUGGAGUGAUGCUGCUGCCCUGGAGCUUUCCAACGGUAGCAAUGGCUGGUUUCGCUUCAUCUUGGAUGGCAAAUUGGCUACUAUGUACUCCAGUGGCAGCCCGGAAGGAGGCUCUGACAGUUCAGAGAGUCGGAGUGAGUUUUUGGAGAAGCUGCAGCGUGCCAGAAGUCAGGUAAAGCCGGUCACUGCUAGCCAACCCAUUCUGUCAACAGUGGGACCCACAAAACUCACAGUGGGCAACUGGUCACUCACGUGCCUAAAGGAGGGCGAGAUAGCCAUUCAUAACUCAGAUGGUCAGCAGGCCACCAUCCUGAAAGAAGAUCUACCAGGCUUCGUGUUUGAGUCCAAUCGAGGCACCAAGCACUCCUUCACUGCUGAAACGUCUCUUGGGUCAGAAUUUGUGACCGGCUGGACUGGAAAACGAGGACGGAAGCUCAAAUCUAAAUUGGAAAAAACAAAACAAAAGGUGAAGACGAUGGCUAGAGAUUUGUAUGAUGACCACUUUAAAGCAGUAGAAAGUAUGCCCAGAGGGGUAGUUGUCACCUUGAGAAACAUUGCCACUCAGCUUGAGUCUGCCUGGGAGCUCCAUACCAACAGACAGUGCAUCGAGGGAGAGAACACGUGGCGAGACCUCAUGAAAACUGCUUUAGAAAAUUUGAUAGUGGUUCUCAAGGAUGAGAACACCAUCUCUCCCUAUGAAAUGUGCAGCAGUGGCCUUGUGCAAGCACUUUUUACUGUUCUUAAUAAUAGUGUAGACCUUGAUAUGAAACAUGAUUGUAAGCAACUGAUGGAGAGGAUAAAUGUGUUUAAAACUGCAUUCAGUGAAAAUGAAGAUGAUGAAAGCCGACCCGCAGUUGCCUUAAUCCGCAAAUUAAUAGCAGUGCUGGAGUCUAUAGAACGGCUACCUCUUCACUUGUAUGACACACCUGGCUCAGCAUACAACUUGCAGAUUCUGACAAGGAGGCUGCGUUUUCGGUUGGAGCGGGCUCCAGGUGAGACAGCCUUAAUUGAUCGGACUGGCAGGAUGCUUAAGAUGGAGCCUCUGGCUACUGUUGAGUCUCUGGAGCAGUAUCUGCUUAAAAUGGUGGCAAAGCAGUGGUAUGACUUCGAUAGGUCCUCCUUCAUCUUUGUUAGGAAAUUGAGAGAAGGCCAAAGUUUCACCUUUAGACACCAGCAUGACUUUGAUGAGAAUGGCAUUGUAUAUUGGAUUGGCACAAAUGCAAAGACUGCAUAUGAGUGGGUGAACCCUGCAGCUUAUGGCCUGGUGGUGGUGACCUCAUCUGAGGGCAGGAAUCUUCCCUACGGGCGUCUAGAGGACAUUCUGAGCAGAGACAGCUCGGCCCUCAACUGCCACACCAAUGAUGACAAAAACGCCUGGUUUGCUGUGGACCUGGGCCUCUGGGUCAUUCCCUCAGCUUACACGCUACGCCAUGCUCGUGGCUACGGUCGCUCUGCCCUCCGCAAUUGGGUUUUCCAGGUGUCUAAGGAUGGGCAGAACUGGAUGACUCUUUACACCCAUGUGGAUGAUGGCAGCCUCAAUGAGCCAGGGUCAACUGCCACAUGGCCUUUGGACCCAUCCAAAGAUGAGAAGCAUGGUUGGAGACACAUUCGUAUUAAACAGAUGGGGAAGAACGCCAGUGGACAAACCCACUACCUCUCACUAUCUGGACUGGAGAUCUAUGGCACAGUCACUGGCGUGUGUGAAGAUCAACUUGGUAAAGCUGUGAAGGAGGCAGAAGCUAACCUGCGUCGACAACGCCGCCUAUUCCGCUCUCAGGUAAUGAAGUACAUAGUCCCAGGGGCCCGGGUGGUACGUGGCAUUGACUGGAAGUGGAGGGAUCAGGACGGCAACCCUCCUGGAGAGGGCACUGUGACUGGAGAGGCCCAUAAUGGCUGGAUUGAUGUCACCUGGGAUGCUGGUGGCUCGAACUCCUACCGCAUGGGUGCGGAAGGGAAGUUUGACCUGAAGUUAGCACCGGGGUACGACCCCGAGUCGGCGCCGUCACCCAAAACUGUUUCGUGCGCUGUUGCAGGCCCGCCGACUCCCUGGAGCAGCCUGGCCAAAAACAACUGUCCGGACAGGGGUGGCCCAUCAUCGGCAUCUUCUGGUCGCAAGGCCAGCAGCAGCUCAGCGUGCAGCGAUGUCGGCCUUGGCUCUGCUCGCAGGCUUGAGGGCCUGUCUGAGCAGGGCACACUUGAGGGGGGUGGACCCACGGGGACGGAGGGACAGGAGCCACUUGUGGUUCUCUCCACAGCCGAGGGUGGUUCUGCAUCCAGCGAAAGUGCUGAGCCCAAGAGUGAAUCAACAGCCAUCUCUGUGGGGCCAGUUAGCGUCAGUUCACCCGAUGUCAGCUCCGUCUCUGAUUCAUCUGGCAAGGCUGCAGUGUCCCAGAGGCCCCUGGGCCCAGGCACUGGUGCUCGCCUUUCAGUCAGCUCACUGCUUGCAGCUGGUGCACCUAUGAGUUCCAGUGCCAGUGUGCCUAACCUGUCAUCGCGUGAGGCCAGUCUCAUGGAGUCAUUCGUGCGCCGCGCUCCCAACAUGGCACGCACCAACGCCACCAACAACAUGAACCUGAGCCGCAGCAGCAGUGACAACAAUACCAACACAAUUGGCCGCAACGUUGCAGCUGCUUCUGCCUCUCCUCUCAUGGGUGCACAGAGCUUUCCUAACCUUACCACCACUGGUACCACCUCCACCGUUACAAUGUCCACCUCCAUAGUAACCAGCAGCAAUAAUGUAGCCACAGCCACUACAGGUUUGUCCGUCGGCCAGUUGCUCAGUAACACGCUGACGACCAGCCUGACCUCCACAUCUAGCGAGAGUGACACAGGUCAGGAGGCUGAGUUUUCGCUCUAUGACUUCUUGGAUAGCUGUCGGGCAAACACGUUGCUUGCAGACCUAGACGAUGAGGAAGAUUUGCCUGAACCGGACGACGAUGAUGACGAGAAUGAGGACGACAAUCAGGAGGACCAGGAGUAUGAGGAAGUUCUGGUACGGUCCAGGGUCAACCUUGGUUACCACGUUCAUAUACAUAGGGAGGAAGAGGAAUAUGAAACCAAAGGGGGUCGGCGUAGAACGUGGGAUGACGAUUUUGUGCUGAAACGACAGUUUUCUGCUCUUGUCCCCGCGUUUGACCCCAGACCAGGCCGGACCAACGUCCAGCAAACAACUGAUCUGGAAAUCCCUACGCCAGGUACACCUCGUUCAGAGGUGCUGGAGGAGGUGGAAUGUGCUCCCUCCCCCCAUCUAGCUCUUAUCUUGAAAGUGGCAGGCCUAGGAACCACACGGGAAGUUGAACUACCUCUCACCAACUACAAAUCCACCAUUUUCUACUAUGUCCAAAAGCUGCUGCAGCUCUCCUGUAACGGCAGCAUCAAAUCUGACAAGCUUCGACGCAUUUGGGAGCCGACGUACACGAUAAUGUACAGAGAGUUGAAGGACUCCGACAAAGAGAAAGAAAGCGGGAAGAUGGGUUGCUGGUCUGUAGAGCAUGUGGAACAGUACCUUGGCACAGAUGAAUUACCAAAGAAUGACUUGAUAACCUACAUGCAGAAGAAUGCAGACUCAACUUUCCUGCGCCACUGGAAAUUAACCGGCACUAAUAAAAGUAUUAGGAAAAACAGAAAUUGUUCGCAGCUCAUAGCUGCAUACAAGGAUUUCUGUGAACGGGGCUGCAGGUCUUCGGGACUUGGGUCAGGCUCCCUGGCAGUCACCCAGAGCUGCGACAUCUUAAGUGGCGCACGUGAGCAACCACAGGCCAAAGCUGGCUCAGCCCAGAGUGCCUGUGGUGUGGAAGAUGUGCUGCAGCUGCUGCGGAUCCUCUUCAUUAUUGGAGGCGAGCCAGCGGUUGUCCAUACCCUGCAGGAGGAUUUGGAUGAUCUACAGUUCAAUGCUUCACCUGAGGAGUUCACCAGCAAAAAAAUUACAACCAAAAUUCUGCAACAGAUUGAGGAGCCUCUGGCCUUGGCCAGUGGAGCACUUCCAGAUUGGUGUGAACAGUUAACCAGCAAGUGUCCUUUCCUUAUCCCUUUUGAGACACGGCAGCUCUUCUUCACCUGCACUGCAUUUGGAGCCUCCAGGGCAAUAGUGUGGCUCCAAAACCGGAGGGAGGCAACCAUGGAGCGUACACGACCAUCCACUACAGUGAGGCGGGAUGAACCAGGCGAGUUCCGUGUUGGCCGCCUCAAACAUGAGCGUGUGAAAGUACCACGGGGAGAGAGCAUGAUGGAGUGGGCCGAGAGUGUCAUGCACAUCCAUGCUGACAGGAAGUCUGUACUCGAGGUGGAGUUCCAGGGAGAAGAAGGCACUGGUUUGGGUCCCACACUAGAGUUCUAUGCCCUUGUGGCAGCUGAGUUCCAGCGGACCUCACUGGGGAUCUGGCUCUGUGAUGACGAUUUUCCCGAUGACGAGUCACGCCAAGUGGAUCUCGGUGGCGGCCUGAAACCACCAGGCUAUUAUGUACAGCGCUCGUGUGGCCUUUUCCCUGCGCCCUUCCCUCAGGAUAGUGAUGAGCUGGAGCGCAUCGCCAAGCUCUUCCUCUUCUUAGGCAUCUUCCUGGCCAAGUGCAUACAGGACAACCGGCUGGUGGACCUGCCUGUCUCGCAACCUUUCUUCAAGCUGCUCUGCAUGGGUGACAUCAAGAGCAACAUGAGCAAACUUUUGUAUGAGACACGCUCAGAUUCAGACCGCCGCUUUUCUGACAUCCACUCAGAGGCCUCCACUGAAGAAGAACCGUAUUUGAUGGGCAGCUUUGAUGAGAACUCUAAAUCCGAGUUCAUCUUGGACCCACCAAAGCCCAAACCACCUGCCUGGUAUCAUGGCAUCCUAACCUGGGAAGACUUUGAGUUGGUAAACCCUCACAGAGCACGCUUCCUCAAGGAGAUGAAGGAGCUGGCGGUAAAGAGGAGGCAGAUACUGGGCAAUAAGAGCCUCUCAGAGGAUGAGAAGAACACACGGCUACAGGGCCUCAUGCUGAAAAACCCAGUGGGCUCAGGCCCACCUCUGAGCGUGGAAGAUCUGGGAUUAAAUUUCCAGUUCUGUCCCUCAUCCAAAGUGCAUGGCUUUUCAGCAGUGGACCUUAAACCCAAUGGAGAGGAUGAGAUGGUGACCUUAGACAAUGCAGAGGAGUAUGUGGAGUUAAUGUUUGACUUCUGUAUGCACACUGGGAUACAGAAGCAAAUGGAGGCCUUCAGAGAGGGCUUUAACAGAGUCUUCCUUAUGGAGAAACUGAGCUCAUUUAGUCCUAAAGAAGUCCAGAUGAUCCUGUGUGGGAACCAGUCUCCAUCCUGGACAGCUGAGGACAUUGUCAACUACACAGAGCCCAAACUGGGCUACACUCGGGACAGUCCUGGUUUCCUGCGCUUUGUGCGAGUGCUGUGUGGAAUGUGCUCGGAUGAGAGGAAAGCCUUCCUCCAAUUCACAACAGGCUGCUCAACUCUGCCCCCUGGUGGUCUUGCCAACUUGCAUCCCCGUCUCACAAUUGUCCGCAAGGUGGAUGCGACUGAUGCCAGCUACCCCUCAGUAAACACAUGUGUGCACUAUCUGAAGUUGCCAGAGUAUUCCUCUGAGGAGAUCAUGAGAGAGCGCCUCCUCGCCGCCACUAUGGAAAAGGGCUUCCACCUGAACUGAGCAUGCUCCCUGCACCGCUGACCAACUGCAUAUGUUGAUGAAGCCUGUCGUGUUUUGUUGCAGAAAAAAAAAAAUACAAAAGCUGUGCUCGCCCAUGAUUUUCUCUCCUUUGUCAAAAGAGCCUACGUUUACAUCUGUAAGCAAAAGGAAGCCCAUCUCAGCUCCACUAGCUACUGAAACAGAUUAAGGUCAUGUCUGCAGCCCAUGUUACCCCACUUACACCUCUUGGUGGGACUGCACUGCAUUAAGGGCUUGAGCCGCUAGUAGCCAAGGGCAGUUCUCCUCCGUUUACUUUCACACCCCAGCUCUGAAAGCGUGUGUAAAGUUCAGCAUAGGUUUUCUUUUCAGAUUACAGUACACACAUACCAGCCCCAUUUCCCCAAGAGGGGGCACGUAAGCACCUGCUUCUGUAGAGCUAACUGUCAAAUGUUUGGACAUUUUUCCUGAUUUUAAGUUUUACUAGUGCCUGCCUUGUUUGAAAUAUUAGGUUUUUUCCCCUCAUCUUGUUUUGCAUUCAGCAUACAAUCAUUCACAUGCUGUUUUCCCCCACUUAUUUCCUCUUCUUUUUUUUUUUCCUAUUUCUCCUCUCCUAGCUGUUACUGUGUAUGUUUAAAAUGUUCAUCACCCUCCUAAAAGGAUCAAACUCCCUGAGUGCAUUUGUGUAAUUUUACAAUAAAGCUACAGAGACAUAAACACUGGUUGUGUGCAAGGCACAUUGGAAAAAAAGGAAAAAAUGAAAAGCUAUGCUUCUCCUUGUAUUUUCUUUGUAUAUUAUAAACAUUUAUUUAACUCAAGUUGCAGUUUGAAGUAAACAAAUAUUUUCAAAUGUGUAUGCUCCAAAAUAAUCAUUAAAAUGUUUGCAAAGUA